AGUCGGUUCACAUAAAAGAUUCGACUCAAAGAGCCGACUCGUUCGGGAACGACUCCUCACGCCGGUUCGAGCUUUAUUCUGAAUUGUUUAGAUCCUGGAUCCCUUGAGGAGGAACUCUUGCUACCCUUUUUUUAAAUCAUUAUCGCGGAUGCAGGAAGAAGAAGAAAGUUCCACUAGAUCCGCUUUAGACGGAGCCUGGAGUUCCAGCUCGGGCUGGAAGUGUGUGUGAGACACACCCGUGUGUGUGCGUGUGUGAUCGCGGUGGUGUGUAUGUGUACAGCCUGUAACACACACACACACACACACGGGUGUAUUUCCGCCAUCACUCCUGGUGCUGUGCUGCUCGGACAGGUGUUCAGGUGACAGGUGAAGCUGGAGAUGAUGAACGGAGACCGAGAACAAGCGAGUACCCUGGAUCAGCCCUCAGAAGAUGACAUGGCAGAGGGAGAUCUCGGGGACGGCACGCAGUCCGUAGGAGGGAUCCGUCGGUCACGGAACAGGAGCAGAGGGGACUUUAUGGAUCUGCUGGCCCAUGUGAAACCAUCUAAAUGGUGCGGUGAAGGUAGCGGUGGCUCUUUCUCCUGGACAUCGUGCAGCGCCAUGUACACCGCUUUCAGAAAGGAGCUGGAGGCAGAAAGGAUCUCUCAGUGGAGGCUCAGAGACUCAGAGCUCAGUGCCGGUGAGUCCAGUGAGGCGUUGCAGAGGAGACUGCAGGAAGUCACAGAGGAAGUGGCGCUGUUGAGGACAGAACUGGAAGUGACACAUCGACAUCUUGAAGGCAAACAUGAAGCUCUGAGAAUCCUGCAAGGCCAAGCCAUAUUAGAUAAAGCCACCAGUCACACCAAGAUCCUGCUGCAGAAAAGUGAAGAGCGGGCCAAAGUUCUGGAAAAGGAAGUGAACGCUUUGCAGUGGGAGAUCACCUUCAACCAGGUGCAGUUUCAGAAUGUAGAGCAUGCAUGGGAGCUGAAAUACGACAGGGUGUGUGCAGAGAACCAGGCCUUGAGCAGAGCUCUUGAUGAGAGACUGGAGCAGUUCCAGGAGCUGCACAGAGAGAAUAUGUCAUUAAGUCAGCAGUGUCUGGAGCUCCUGGGCUUACUGAGCGCUCAGGAGAGAAGAGACUUCCAGAAGACCCAGCCACCAUGCAGCCAAAGCAGAGAGGGAUCUGCACUGGAGCUGGCUGUGUACGGGGCGUGUAAGUGCAGCUCCAGCGCAGGAGAACCGUGUUCCUGUGCCAAGAGCGCAGCUGCAAGCCGCAAGCAAGUCCUUCAGCUUAAACAAGAGCUGGAGCUGCAGAGGAGGAGGAAGGACGAAGCAUUAGUGAUGGUGGACGCGUUCCGGAUUGCAUUCGAGCAGCAGCUGAGGAGACGGAGUGAGAAAGUGCUGCAGCUGGCACAAAGCAGCACGCACACACCAGAGAGAGGGAAGCAGGACUCGGCUGGCGUGACUCAGGCGCUGAAGAGAUUUCUGCCAUCUCUCAGAGAAGGAAAAGUCCUGAACAACCCGAAAGAAACCCUGCAGCUGCUGCUCGAUCUGCUCAGUGAUAAAGAAGAAGCCUUGGCCCAUCAGCGGAAGGUCAGCUACAUGUUAGCACGGAGUUAUGAGGACCUGGAGAAACGUCUUCACGCACAGCUCAAGGAGCUGGACAUCUCACACAACGGGGCUGAAUUUAAACCAGAUUUGGACAGAUCCAAAUGCUCAGUGGAAUCAGGAGCUGAUAAUCUGUCGUUAUGUUCAUGUGAUAACAUACCAGUGAUCGUGGGCAAGCAUGAAGAGAAGACGGGAAUGGCGAAAUGAGAGUAAGGGGUAAACAGGAGGAGUAAAGACGCUUAUUCGAGGCAAAAAUAUAAUCAAAUACCCCAACAUUUACAGCGUUUGGAGCUUUUCACCAAGAAUGAAUAAUAUGUAUAUGAAAUAUCAGCUGAGACUGAAUCAACAUCAUCGAAGUGAAAUGAACAUUCUGACUGUUGAUAUGUAAGAAGACGAUCACAGGACUGAUAUUUGAGUUAUAAAUGACUAGUGUUCUUCGGAAGACAUUGUAUAUGUUUUAGAUGUUUUGUUUUGCACAUUUUCCGUUUUUAUUUCAAAUCUAACGUCUUGCUCUAAACAUAUCGAAACCUAUUUUGAGCCAAUUAAUUUGAAUUUUUCUUUCUUUGUGUCAAAUAGCAUGCUGACAGGCGUGGAAACGUACUGAGAAAUGAAUUAGACUUAAAAGUAUAAAUGUUCUGAAGUUAAAAGUAAAAAUCUCCAGACAAUAAUGGAUCUGGGAGAUGAUCAGAAAGUUGCUACUUUUAAACGUAAUCAAGUAUUAAAAAAGUAAAAUGUAAAUGAAUUUAAUAGAUGAUUGGAUGCUUUAAACUUAAAUGUAGGCCAAAUGCAAAUAAAACGAGUCCUUUCUUUA